CAACUCUGUUACACAACUACUUCUCUUGUUCUAACAUAAUAUAUUCUCUCUCUCUCUCUCUCACAGUAAUCUCCAACACCAACAACAAUGUCUCUCUCCAUUAAGUUACACGUAACAACUUCCCAUCUAAAUUACCUCAACCACCAUGCCAAAACCAACACCAACACUAGCACAAGUAACAUUAGAACCAAACCAAUUUACACUUCCAACCCAUUGAUCAUAACAACUAGUAGGUCUAGAAAAAUGAGCCUAGGCUCCUAUGGUGCACCCUUUAUUAAGAGCUCAUUGAUUGAGCCAGAUGGGGGUGCAUUGGUGGACCUUGUGGUGCCAGAGUCUCAAAGGGGUCCUAAGAUUUUGGAAGCUGAGGCACUUCCAAAGGUAAAGCUCACAAAGAUUGAUAUAGAGUGGGUGCAUGUGAUUAGUGAAGGUUGGGCUAGUCCCUUGAGAGGGUUCAUGAGGGAAGAUGAGUACUUGCAAAGCCUUCAUUUCAAUGCUUUGAGGUUGAAAGGAAAUGGAUCUUUGGUGAACAUGUCACUACCAAUUGUGUUGGCAAUUGAUGAUCAGACCAAGGAGAAAAUUGGGAAUUCCUCCAAUGUUGGGUUGCUUGGUCCCAGUGGAGAUUGCAUUGCUAUUCUUAGAAGCAUUGAAAUCUAUAAGCACAACAAGGAAGAAAGAAUAGCUAGAACAUGGGGAACAAUUGCUGUAGGGCUGCCAUAUGUAGAGGAGGCGAUUACUCCGGCCGGUAACUGGCUUCUCGGAGGAGACUUGGAAGUGCUAAAGCCUAUCAAGUACAAUGAUGGCCUUGAUAACUACAGGCUAUCUCCUAAACAACUCCGUGAGGAAUUCGACCGGCGAGAAGCCGAUGCAGUUUUUGCCUUUCAGUUAAGAAACCCUGUGCAUAAUGGUCAUGCCUUGUUAAUGAAUGAUACUAGAAAGCGCCUAUUGGAAAUGGGAUACAAAAAUCCAAUUUUGUUGCUUCAUCCUCUUGGUGGUUUCACAAAAGCUGAUGAUGUGCCUUUGAGUGUUAGAAUGGAGCAACAUAGCAAGGUCUUAGAAGAUGGAGUUCUUGAUCCUGAGACCACCAUAGUGGCUAUAUUUCCUUCACCUAUGCACUAUGCAGGUCCAACCGAGGUGCAGUGGCAUGCCAAGGCUAGGAUCAAUGCUGGUGCCAACUUCUAUAUUGUCGGUCGCGAUCCAGCUGGCAUGGGACACCCAACUGAGAAAAGGGAUUUAUAUGAUCCUGAUCAUGGUAAAAAGGUGUUAAGCAUGGCACCUGGCCUAGAAAAGCUUAAUAUUUUGCCAUUUAGGGUAGCAGCAUAUGAUACUAGUGAGAAUAAGAUGGCAUUUUUCGAUCCCUCUCGCGCCAAGGAUUUUCUCUUCAUAUCCGGAACAAAGAUGAGGGCUUAUGCAAAAAGUGGAGAGAAUCCACCAGAUGGUUUUAUGUGUCCUAAUGGAUGGAAGGUUCUUCUUAAAUACUAUGAAAGUUUGCAAACUGAAGAGUCACCACAACAGCCUGCAGUGUUAUCUGCAUAGAUUCACAUAACUGUUAUAUUUUGCAUUUUUGUUUUCAUAUAUAAAGGAAGAUUCUAGAAGCACAGUUUUAGGAGUGCCUUCAUGAUCAAGAAAUCAUAUCAUGAAUGGGCAAUCAUAUUUGAAUUAAUAUGUGUAUCAUUUUGAUCUUUGCAAAAGGAAUUAGUACUAUGCUUUUAAGAAUUUUGUUUGUGGUAGCUUCUGUA